CAGCGGGGAGGAGCAGUGGGGAGGGGGAGGAAGGUGAGAUUAGAAAAUUGCAGCACCUAAGACCUAGUUAGACCUAGCAGCAGCACCUCAGAAGCCAUGGAGCACAAAGCAAUGACUUCAUUUUUCCCAGAUGGGGAAACCAAGCCAAGAGUUUGGGUGACUUGCCCAGGGCCACACAGGAAUAAGCAGCAGAGUUGGGAUCUGGUACUUCAUUAGAUGGGAAGCCUGGUUCUGUGCUUUCAAGCUGGGAAGAGGUUGACUCACCAACUUGGCACUCUCCAUGUCCAUCUCAGAGUUCCCCUUAAUGUCCCAAAUCCUGGAUGAAGACUGAAGACCCAAGAAUUUGAUCAAGUAUCUCCCUGGUUGGGAUUCUGUCAGCCAUGAUCUGGACCAUAAGGUGGCAUCACCAGCCAGCUUCCUACAACAGCCCUACUCCACGUUUAUACCUCAUACACCUCAACCUUGUGCUUUCUGAUAUUACUAGCUCAGGCACAUUCACAGUAUCUGGCCCUCUGUUCCAGCCCAUCCGGGCCUGGGUGGGGGAAGACGUCCAGCUCUCCCGUCAACUCUCCCCUAAGAUGGAUGUUCAGGGAAUGAUUGUGAAGUGGGUCAGAGGCCCACUGGUUGUGCACUUGUACCGCAUGGGCCAGGAGAUGGAGGAAGUCCAGGCCCCUGCAUUCCAGGGGCGGACAAAGAUGCUGAGACAGGACAUGGCUGAGGGGAAGGUGACCGUGAGAAUCCAUCAGGUUCAGCUCUCUGACACUGGCCAGUAUGCUUGUUAUUUCCAGGAAGGCUCCUUUUACAACGAAACCAGCUUUGACCUUCAGGUAGCAGAGCGCCAGGAAGGAGCAUUCUCAGUGAUUGGAUCUGCUCAGCUCAUUCGGGCCAAGCAGGGAGAAGACAUCACACUGUCCUGUCAACUCUCCCCUAAGAUGGAUGCUUGGGACAUGACUGUGAACUGGUUCAGAAACCAGACCCUUGUGCACAGGUACCCCACCGGGGAGAAGCUGGAGGGAUCCCAGGGCACUGAGUUCCAGGGGAGGACGGAGCUGCUGAAAUGUGACAUGGCUGAGGGGAAGGUGACCUUGAGGAUCCAGCAGGUCCAGGUCUCUGACUCUGGUCCAUACACUUGCCAUUUCCGUUCUCCUGACAAUUGUGAUGAAGCCCACAUUGAACUGCAUGUAGCAGGCACAUUUACAGUAUCUGGCCCUCUGCUCCAGCCCAUCCGGGCCUGGGUGGGGGACGAUGUCCAGCUCUCCUGUCACCUCUCCCCUAAGAUCGAUGUUCGGGGUAUGAUUGUGAAGUGGGUCAGAGGCCCACUGGUUGUGCACUUGUACCGCAUGGGCCAGGAGAUGGAGGAAGUCCAGGCCCCUGCAUUCCAAGGGAGGACAAAGAUGCUGAGACAGGACAUGGCUGAGGGGAAGGUGACCAUGAUCAUCCAUCAGGUCAAGCUCUCCGACACUGGCCAGUACGCUUGUUAUUUCCAGGAAGGCUCCUUUUACAACGAAACCAGCUUUGACCUUCAGGUAUCAGGCAGGGAUGCAUUUGGAACCCAGUUCUCGUCCCCAGUUCAGACCAAUCCUCUCUGGUCUCUGGGCAGCCAUGAGGGACGUCCUUUCAUCUGCUUCCCCAGGGACCUACAGGAAGGAAUCUCAGAGCAGUCAAUGGUACAGCAUCAUGCACAAUCCCACAAUCCCACAGCUUCAGAUGAAAAUCACAAUCAUCCCUGAAAUUUUGCAGAUUCACUAAGCAAGGAACAAUUUAAAAUGAUGACAAGAUAUUUCUGCAUGUUUACCAUUAGCCUUUCAGGGCCUUUCCCAACCCACCCUCUCAAGGAAAUGAAGGAGCAAAGACAAAGAAAACUGGAUGCCCUUCUUUGAUGGAAGCCCAGGUCCCACUGAGCUUUCUAAACAACAUGGAACUCUCACCACAGGGAAAUCAUUCAGGCCUGGGUUUUCCACUGACUGGUUGGGGGACCUGCUCUCUGGCCUGGACUCAGAACACUGAGACAAUAACUAUUUUCCCUCCCUUAAAGGCACCAGGUCUGGACUAACACCCACAUUCCAUGCUUUGAUGAGGGUGUGGGAUGUCUUAAAAAUUCUGACCUGUUGUUACUGGACUGCUCAAAUUCAUUCUAUAAAUCUUCCCAUUGGCCCCUCUGAUUCAAUGUUAAAUUUCAGGGCAGCUAGAUGGUGCAGUGGAUAGAGCAUGGCCCUAAAAUCAGGAGGACCUGAGUUCAAAUCCGGCCUCAGACCAAAUACUUGAUACUAUACUAGUACCAAGAUACACACAAUACUAGUUGUGUGACCCUGGGCAAGUCACUUAACCCCAAUUGCCUAAAAAUUUAAAAAAAUGUUAAAUCUAUUCACCUUCUUUGAAUCCAUCAUUGUCAGGUCUAAAUCUUUCCUAAGUCCAUGAAGAUAAGUUAGAGAGUCUGUUGCAAGUUCCUCAUUUCUGAUGGUUCAGGUCCAUAAAGGGAAAUACACAUUUAAAAAUAUGUAAUAAUUAUGGACUUACUAGAAAAAAUGAAAAUUCAAAAGCU